AUUGUAUCCACACAGUUCAGGGAACUGGGACUUUCAGUUUCUUUGGCUGUGAAUUUCUACUUUUCCUUCACUGGAAAAAAAAUUGCUCCAGGCUCUCUCUUGUUUAUAUCCCUUUGGAGAUCACACAGCCCUCUUGACAAUUCUCUGUUUCCGCCACUAAAUUGUGAAAGAUGGCCACCCGAGAGAAUUACCUUCGGCAAGACUGGCAGAUGGUCCAUGGUGUUCCGAUGGUCUGCGCAUUCUCCUUUGAUUGGGACAGGAUCGAGAAUUUCCAGAGUAGGCCUGAUGAUAUUGUGAUAUCCACAUUUCCAAAAUCUGGCACAACUUGGAUGAGUGAAAUUGUGGACAUGAUUUUGCAUGAUGGUGACCCUGACAAAUGCAAACGGGAUGCCAUUUUCAAUAAAGUGCCUAUGCUAGAAUUUGCUGCCCCAGGGAAUAUGCCAGCAGGUACAGAACAACUAGCUCAAAUGCCAUCUCCUCGAGUGGUGAAGACUCAUCUCCCAGUCCAACUUCUUCCCAAGUCCUUCUGGGAAAAUGGCUGCAAGAUGAUAUACUUGGCUCGCAAUGCAAAAGAUGUUGCUGUAUCUUUUUACCACUUUGACCUGAUGAACAAGCUGCACCCAGAACCUGGCAGCUGGGAUGAUUAUCUGAAGAAAUUCAUGGCAGGACGAACGGCUUUUGGGUCCUGGUACAGUCAUGUGAAAAGCUGGUGGAAUAAGAGGAAUGAGCACCCUGUGCUAUAUCUGUUUUAUGAAGACAUAAAAGAGGAUCCAAAGCGUGAGAUUAAGAAAGUCAUACAUUUCUUGGGAAAGGACCUGGCAGAACAAGCUGUGGAUCAGAUUGUCUACAACACCUCCUUUGACAAGAUGAAGGACAAUCCUGCUACAAAUUAUAAGAUGGUUCCUACUGAAGUGAUGGAUCACAGAAUCUCCCCAUUCAUGCGCAAAGGAACUGCUGGUGACUGGAAAAAUUACUUUACUGUGGCUCAGAAUGAGGCAUUUGAUGAAGAUUAUAAGAUGCAAAUGUCAGAUACAACACUGCAAUUCAGAACAGAAGUCUGAAGCUCCCUGUAGCUACGACAGAGUUGCCACUGUUCUCCAGUUUUAAUACAAAGUCCAUCAUUUAGUAAAGACAUUGGACUCUUGAGAGUCUCUGCUUUUAAUUAGAGGGGGAAAAAAGUUCCUCAUAUGAAUGAUUGUGGAAUACAUAUAUAAGACAGUACAAAUGAUACAGUUAUGUAGUACUAAUUAAGAUGAUAAAACUGUAUGUAAUUUACAGAUAUUGUAUGUACAUAAAGUACAGAUUUUAAAGUGAA